UUGAAUAUACGUAAGAAUCGUCAGUCGCUCGCGAGCUUGUGUAGUCGGGGGGAAACAGAAAAAAAAAAAAAAAAAAAAUACAGCCCAAGCACGCGCGUUUUCUUUGCGCUGAACAGUUUCUCGAGACGAGAGAGGGAGGGCCCUUCUUGCACACACACACGUCAGUUGCGCCCGGACCUUCGCAGGGCUAGUGGAGAAAACCACGUGCUCCGCCGAGACCAUGGAUCCCGAGGUGGAGGAAAACAUCAGCAGGAAACUCGGCCUCGUCGACCAGUUGGCUGGACUGAUCAAGGCGCUCAACGAAAAUGGUGACGCGGGAAAGUACAAAGUAUCGAGCAAACCGGAGCCGAAGCGGCAAAUGGGCCCGGCGUGCACGUCGAGCUGCCGGCGCCGUUGCUUCGAGCGGUUGAGCGAGGAGGAGCGCGAGACCCUGUACACCGAGUUCUGGUCGUUGUCGAGCCGCAUGGCCCAGUGGGAGUACAUAGCGGCGAGCCUGUUCGUCAAGCCAAAGGGCAAAGCGACGACCAAGGACCGCGUGGUCAUCUCGAGGAGGAACAACUCGAGGGUGUACUUUUUCACGGUGCCGGACCGUGUAGAGCAGGUCUGCAAGACCAUGUUCCUCAACACCCUGGGCAUCAACAACUCGUGGACCUUCACCGUUUGCAAGAAGCUUAGGAUCAACGGGUACAUCAAGGCCGACGAGAGGGGCAAUUUUACCCACAGGCCCAGGAAAAAGGCCAAUUGACACCCGACGUCGCGUGUAAUACCACAUCGUGUACGAGUGUGCCUUUGUACAUACAUAUACCGUUAUAAUUUUUAAGGAGUUGAUAUUUUUUUACAAUAAAUA